CGUUAACCCAUUGGACUAAGGGUGUCAAUCGUAAAUGGUGAAAUAUCCUUAUUUUGUGGUGACACAUAUACACUACAAAAAAUGGAUCAAAUUAUGAGGGUUUAUUUUCAAGAAUUAUUUUAACCUCUAUAAAAUUAUAUAAAAUACGGAGUUAAAUAUCUGCUGCUAAACCCCCGCUAUCCAUUGAAAAAGUACCUCUUAAAUUUCCCUCUUUCUUUUAAUUGGCCAAACACUUCCCUCUUGUUGGUGCUGAUUAAACCCCCAAAUCGACCUCCUCUCUCUCAUUUUUCCCCAAGACCCCCAAAUCGAUUGUUGGUGUUGGUGUUGGUAUCUGCCGGUUUCUGCUUGUUGCUUUAAGUAAUUCGCUCUCAUUGCUACUCUUUGUCUUGUUUCUAAUUUGAGCAAAUGCUGAAAAUUGGCGCCAAUUGAUUACGGCAGAUUGCCUUACCUUGAUUUCUGAAGCAUUGCCUGAUUAUUUUCCCCAUCGUGUAGCAGAGGCCUAUUAUUAUAAGAAACAACAUCCAUUCUUCAAUGGGAACCGCUUGAGGAAGUAGAGGGAGCUGAAUUCCUGCAGAUAUAUCGAAGUCGAGAAGUUGGUCAAUCAUAUAUAACCUCAGUCGGAACGACAUUGAUUGCCAUUGCACACGCAUUGUGGUUAAUGAUAAAGAUCAGACCCCAAGUGGUUUUGGGAAUUAGGUGGUCAUCGAUUUUCUAUGUCGAGAGCAUUGCAAGAGUCAGGAAGCUGUCUUUAAGCGGUUUGCUUCUUUACAAGCUACACAUGGCAGAUCAGUUAUUCGUGCAGUGGCCACACCUAAAAGAGAAGUAUCCUCAUUAUGUUGGUCGUCUUAUGUAAUCUAUCAGUUUCUGAUCUAUCGUAGCAAGGUAGUACUCAAGCUCAGUUGAUUCCGUUUGAGGAAUUUUACGAAUGGAUCAUCUAUCGGCUAUCUUCUUGAGGCAAUGGGAAAGAAAUUAGUGAUCAUUUCGAAAAGAUUGACAACCUUCUUGUUGUUUUUGGAUCAUAUGACUAGCUUGUUAAUGCUAGUUAAGAUUCCAAGAAAAUUAACAGAUAUAACUGCAUUUACGUUACAUUUUUUCGAAAAUUUAUACAAGAGUAAGCCUUUUGACAUAUUUAAAUAUGAAAUUUUAGACUCCGCGAUCAUAACUAGUUGUUGUUGGAUUACACAUUGUAGGCUAUCAGCCUAAUGGUAAAGUUGUCUCCAUGUGACUUGUAAUCACAGGUUCGAGCCGUGAAAUCCACCUUUGGUACUUGUAUCAGGUAAGCUUCUUAUGUCACACACCUCGGGAUGCGGAUCUUUCACCGACGUGGAAUCAUCCAUCGAUACUUGUAUGCUGCGUCAGGAGAGCUUGCGAUUCAAAUUGCUGAGCAGUUUGAAGCUUUAGGAUCCGGUAUUGGAGUAAAAUGUGCAGUGCUUGUUGGAGGGAUAGAUCAAGUACAAUGGAGCAUUGCCCUUGGGAAACGGCCUCACAUUGUUGUUGCAACACCUGGUCGCCUAUUGGAUCAUCUUUCCAAUACAAAGGGAUUUUCUCUUCGUACGAUAAAGUACUUGCUAAGUGAUGCGGCAAGUGGACCCAUUUCGCUCAUGGAUGCAAGGAGAUCACGUGAUGAUAAUGAUCGUAAUGACAUUCUUUGAUUUUGUUGCAUUUGUCUUGGAUAUUCAAUUAUGAUGAUGUAAUUGUGUGCUUGGAAUGAAUCGUAGAAUAUUGAAAGUUUUGUGUUUAAAUUUAAUUUUGUAGUUUGAAGAUACUAGUUAAUGUUGAAAAUUUGGAGUUUGAAGAUGUUAAUGUUGAAAAUUUGGAGUUUUGUAGUUUGAA